UAAUUCCUAGAAUGAACUAAGGUAGAAAAUAUCGCUCCCUAGUCAAUCUGAAAGUUUUAAAAGACCAAAAAUUGCUGACUGCGGGACAAAAUAAAAAAUCGAUUAGUGGCAUCCUUAUACCAGAUUUAAACCGAUUUGUAGCUCGUGUUGAUUUUGUGAUUAGAACAUUUGCUCUCCAGUUUCAAGCCUUGUCCCUGCACGAAUCAACACAAAUCCCCUUAAUUAGAUUUAUCUGUAUUUACCUAAUCAGUGACUGAACUUUUGAUAAGUUAAUGAGUCUUUCAACCCAACAUAACAAUUGAGAACUUCAGACGGAGUAAUGGUUCAAAUGGGGGUUCGGCCCACCCGUGCACUUUGGUCAGGCUGAAUUGUGCACGCAUAUGGAGAGGCGGCGGCCAGGGAAGAGGAAUAAAUCACCAAACAUUUGAAAUUGUCUUUAAUUAGUCUUCACCUUUAUAGUUGAUUAUCCAUUAGGUACUCUUCUCAUCAGAGAAUUAAAAUCUUCACUGUGAGAGACUUCGGCAUGGAUCUGACGUGUCUACACUGAACAUUUUGAGACCUACGAGAUACGGCCAUAGCUAAUUGGGAUACGAUAUAAUUGUUGGUUGUUUUAGCAGACGAUUCGUUACUGUUUUUACAACUCUCUGCACGUGUAUUUUUUAAUGAGCCAUCUAUUUAGGACUCCUUUGUAGUUCACCAUUUUACAAGAGAAAGUCAAAAUGCACGUUCUUCAGUAUAGCGAUAUUUGACGACCGACAUUACGAGAUAUUCCAUAACAUGAAUAGGUUGGCCUCGGACUCAACACCAAGAUCACGUGAAUCUAAAGCAUUAGGCAAUAUUUUGUCCCUGUUUUUGAGUCAUUUUUUUUUUAAUUCUUGGUUUCAUUUUCCGCAGUGAUUACGCGUAAAUCCUUCUUCACGAAACUGCGUUAACAACAGGAAACGGCGUUGAUUUCUGCACGGGAUCAUGCACAUUAAUUCAUCUGUUAGGAUUGUUAAUAUACGCUUUUGUUUUUAAGUGGUUCUGAUUUAUAAAAAAAAACGCAUGACAAGGAAGAGAGGUGCAAGAAAACGGAUUAUUAGUCAUAUAUUCAAGGCAGUAACUGCUGUCUAUUACCAUUAGUUGCUUUUUGUUGUUGUACAUAAUAAAGCAAUAUCACAUAGAUAACAGUACAAAGUGACUGUAUACAUAUCACGGGUUAUGUCAAAUGUCUAAAUAUUUUAUAGGAUUCACUUCAGCCAUAAUACCAACUUAUCAAGGCAAAUUUGACUGUGUUUGAGGCUUAACUGAAGAAGGUAUAUGAGCAUAGUCACUGCAAAUGACCAUUGAUAUAUUACUUUUCGUCAUCUAUGAUCUCGAGAACGUAACCGUCGAUCAUGGCCUGGAACACAGAAGAUAUGGAAGGAGACACGAUUGCGCUUGAACCAGGUCCUGGAACCGAUUCAUCACCAUCGAACCUUAUUUUGUGGAGCAUUGUAAUCGUAUUAUGUACCUUGGUCAUACUUAGCAGCCGCAGGAUUAGGUUCAAACUCAAAUACCACGCUUUUGAUGGAAUGUAUUUCCUUUUCGGCAUCAUUUCUAUACCUUUCAUGCUCUUCAAUGCUUGCGAUCCCAAAGCUACCAGAAUGCCGCAAUUGUUGGUGCAACGGGUCCAGAGUCCUCUGUUCGGUGUUACCGCCAAGAUAAUAGGAAUGGAACGAUAUCCUGAAGGUCCAUUUGUCAUCGUCUGUAAUCAUCAAAGCUCUCUCGAUUGCAUAGGUUUAAUGGAGCUUUGGCCACCGCGGUGCGUGAUUCUCAUGAAGAAAAUGCUCAAGUACGCAGGGCCGUUUGGCCUGGCUGCCAUCUUGGCCGGGUCCAUCUUUGUGGACAGGUCCAACAACCGCAGUGCCAAAGACGCCCUCAGCCAGGCCGUAGAGAUCAUUCAGACAAAAGGCUACCGAGUACUGAUAUUCCCGGAGGGGACGAGAAAAUUGAUUAAGGAAUCAUCGGGGAAGACGGAGAUCUCGGAACCCAUGCUCCCGUUUAAAAGGGGAGCCUUCAAUCUUGCCAUUCUAGCACAGGUGCCCAUCGUUCCAAUUGUAUUCUCAUCGCAGAAACAUCUGCUUGAUUUCAAGGAACAUAAAUUCGUUUCAGGUGAAUAUACAGGCUUCGUCCUACCGCCCGUCUCAACGAAGGGGCUGAUUUUAGAUGACGCCCAUGACUUGAGAGACAAAAUUCGAACCCAGAUGAUCGACUGUUUCAAUGAGCUUGAACGAACCAAGUGAAGACCGCCAUCAUGAGGAUAAUUUAAACAGAUAAAUAAUGGGUUUACACGAAGUCGACAUGCAAACAGGCCUACAGAUGGCGAGGUGACGAAAAUCAUAAACAAGGUUGAGGAAGUUUCGAGGUGGUUUCGAGUGAGUUUCGAGGAAGUUUCGAGGAAGUUUCGAGGAAGUUUCGAGGAAGUUUCGAGGAAGUUUCCACGAAGUUUAGACAGGACUUCGGGCACUUGGUCGGCUUGUGGCAUGGCUUUUGCCGUCGGGGUAUUUCUCCUCUUAUACAUAAUGAUGUAUCUGCCUUGUAAUUCUGUUUAUACACCCUCCUUCCAUUUUGUCUGAUUUUUUUAUUUUUAUAUUUAUUAUUGCAUUUUAUUCUGGUAUU